ACUCACUCGCUGGCACUCCUCCUCCUCCUCCUUCUCCUCCUCCUCUUCGUCCUCAUCCUCCUCUUCCUCGUCCUGAGUGCAGCAGCCGUGUUUGGGAACUUCUGAAGAAAUGGCGCAACUUUUCAAAUGGAUUCCUAUGUUGUGGAAUAUGUUGAAGGGUUCGAUUUAGGUUUCCCUGGCUGAUGAAGCGUGACUCGCAUUCCUCUCUGCAGCUGUACGAGUGGCAAAGUUGUGACGUGAUACAACAUGUAAAACAAAAAAAAAGUGUUCCCCGGACUUCACUUUGGACUUUAUAACUUGAAGUGUGACCAAAGCGGGGACAACGUUCUUCUAUUCAUUCUCAAACAGAAAAUGACUUGUUGGCUCUUCCGAUUGGCUGUGCUCUCGACUUGCGUCCUCUGCGUCCUCUGCACUGCUGCGCCCAGUACCGGUACCGAAGGGGAGGCGCACACUCCGUCCCGGGAUAGCUGCGCGUCUUGCGGCGUCGCUCAGCCCGAGGAGGACGCCGAAUCCAGCCGGCUGGACGCGGACUUGUUGGAGGCGGUCAAGAGGCACAUCCUGAGCAGACUGCAGAUGAGGAAGCGGCCCAACAUCACGCACCCGGUACCGAAGGCCGCUAUGGUGACGGCGCUGCGGAAGCUCCACGCCGGGAAGCUGCGGGAGGACGGCAGGGUGGAGAUCCCCAACUUGGACGGGCACCCGAUGAGCAACGAGGUGCUGGAGGAGAGCUCGGAGAUCAUCAGCUUUGCGGAAAAAGAUGACCUGGUGACGUCCAUGUCCAGUUUGUUCUUCCUGAUCUCCGGCGAAGGCAACCAGAAUUUGGAUGUGACGCAGGCCACCCUAUGGCUCUACUUCAAGUUGCUGCCUCCACCUGUUGACGUGCGGUCACGACGGAAGGUGACAGUGAAGGUGUACUACCAGGAACCGGGCCUGAGCAGCAAGUGGAACCUGGUGGAGAAGUGUGUGGAGCUGAAACGGAGCGGGUGGCACACCUUCACGCUGACCCAUGCCGUGCGCUUAGUGUUUGAACAGGGCAACCGGCGCCAGAACCUGGACGUGCGCUGCGAGGGCUGCGAGGGGGUGGGCGUAGUGCCCGUCCUCCUCAACCAAAACGAUGAGUCGCACCGGCCUUUUUUGGUGGUGCAUGCCCGGCAGGUGGACGCCCAGCAUCGGAUUCGGAAACGAGGACUGGAAUGUGACGGCAGCGCAAGUCUGUGCUGCCGCCAGCAGUUCUACAUCGACUUCCGACUCAUCGGCUGGAACGACUGGAUCAUUGCACCGUCCGGCUACUUCGGGAACUACUGUGAAGGGCUGUGUCCCGCAUACAUGGCAGGAGUCCCCGGGUCGGCGUCAUCUUUCCACACUGCAGUCGUGAACCAGUACCGCAUGCGGGGGAUGAGCCCGGGCUCCAUGAACUCCUGCUGCAUCCCGACCAGGCUGAGCACCAUGUCCAUGCUCUACUUUGAUGACGAGUACAACAUUGUGAAGCGAGACGUUCCCAACAUGAUUGUGGAGGAGUGUGGCUGCGCUUAACCUCUUCAUAGUGUGGCUGUGUCUGUCCCCACAGAAUCAGAACCAGGUGGACCACGUAGAAAAAGUGUACAACCUCAUGUGCGGUUGCAUAUAAGCUUACGUUGUACAUAUAUUUAUGUUUGUUGAUGUACAGUGAUACCUUGACUUACAAGUGCCCCAACUUACCAGUUUUUCAAGUUAAGAGCUGUCGCUCGGUUGAAUUUUUUGCUUUGUGUGCGAGGCAAAAUUUGAAUUCCGAGCGAGCUUCAGAUCCACUGCCGCUCCAGUAAAAUGAAAAAUAAAUAAAUUAAAGGAGUGCGACAGUUGCCGAUGCACUUUUUAAAAAAUUGAACAGGACAAAGAAAGACAAAAAUACAAAAGGAAAACACUCAGAAGAAGCAUGAAUAAGACCCUCACACCAAACUAACAGCAUGAUAGAUAACCAACCGGAGCUGGAGAUGUAGCUUAUGAUAUCACUCAAUAGGUCCCGCCCCUUCAAGACGCACACAAACGCUAUAGCGUUUGUGUGACUUUUGGCCCAAUUCCACUUUAUAAAACCAGUUUAUUUCAUUACAUUCUCUUUGAUUAUAUUUUUACAUUUUACAAUUCAUUGCUAUUUUUUUAAACAAGAAUUUUGGGGGGGGUUCUUUGGGGGGCUGGAACAGAUUAAUGGCAUUUCAAUUCAUUUCAAUGGGAAAAUUUUAUUUGCUAUACGAGUUAAUUGAGUACAUCACGGGACGAGUUAAACUCGUAAGUCAAGGUGCCACUGUAUUUAUAUGGUUGUGUGCUGGGAGUUGACCUAGGUGACCUCACAGCCAAUUUUGAAAUCACAGACUCACGCUGAGGCUCAGCUCCUCACACAGUGACAGCACUUGCAGAUUGAAAUGCCUCCAGUAAGCAUUAGGUGGCGCCUCACCAGUCAAAGACGCAAGUGCCACAGAAGCUAUGCAACAUAUUGAGCGAGCGGCAGACAAGCUGAACGCCAGCGACCAACUAUCAGUUUACUUGAAACGUACGCCCGGUGAGUAGUUACAUUGCUUUAAUGCUCUCUAGUUUGCUUGACAUGCUCUCCAGAACGUUCCCACGUUGCUCAGCAGUUUAGCUCAAUGCAGCAUCAUGAUGCCUCUUGCCACCUCUGCCCCCUCCUGCAACCCCCUCACACUUUAUUUGCACUGACGAGCGGUGACGCUGCCAACACGGGACAUCAAAUUUUAAAAAGUUAUUUUUCUAAAACUGCAUUCAAGGAACCAAAGAGGUACUGUAUAUGAAGUGUUGUCAUGAGAGGCCUAAACAGUGUCAUGUGAAUCAUCAUCAUCUUCAUCUCUGCCUGGAAGGUGUCUUGUUUUUUAAAUACACUUUUUACUAGUUCACUUGUUUUCGUAGUCUCAUUUGGAAUGAAGAACAAGUGGUCCGUGUACAGUAACGUUUCAAUGU